AACCAAAAACACCUGUUAUAAUAGAUACACAGGUUUGUGGCACGCACAUAGCAUAGGUAUUUGGGUAUUAUAGAGACCAUAAGAAACCAUGGCAUUCAUUCGCGUGCUGAAGAGUAAGGCCUACUUCAAGCGCUUUCAGGUAAAGUACCGCAGGCGCAGGGAGGGCAAAACCGACUACUACUGCCGUAGGCGUAUGGUUCUUCAGGACAAGAACAAGUACGCUUCUCCUAAGUACCGCUUUGUUGUGAGGUUUACCAACAAGCGCAUUAUCUGCCAGAUCAUCUCUGCAACUAUUGUUGGUGAUAAGGUCCACGCUUCUGCUGAUUCCACUGAGUUGAAGCACUACGGUGUCAAUGUUGGUUUGACCAACUACGCUGCUGCUUACUGCACUGGCCUUCUCCUUGCUCGUAGGCUCCUCACUCAGUUGAAGCUUGACAACCAGUUUGUUGGUAAGGAACAGGCUGAUGGUACUUCCUUCCACAUUGAGGAGGAGGACCAUGACAGAAGGCCAUUCAAGGCUCUUCUUGAUGUAGGUAUCAAGAUUGUCACUACUGGAAACAAGGUUUUCGGUGCUUUGAAGGGUGCCUGCGACGGUGGUCUCCACAUUCCUCACAGCGAGAAGAGGUUCCCUGGAUUCUCUGUUGGUGACGACAAGCAGACCAACUACGACGCCGAGGUCCACCGUGAGCGUAUCAUGGGUAUUCACGUCGCUAACUACAUGCGCGAGAUGAAGGAGGAAGACCCUGAGAAGUACAAGAGUCACUUCUCCGCUUUCCUCAGAGCUGGAAUCAAUGAGGACAACAUUGAGGAGAUGUACGCCAAGGCCCAUGCUGCCAUCCGUCAGAACCCUAUCGUCCCCAAAACCAAGAAGGAUCCUCCAUCGCGUACCAUCAAGGGCCACACUGUCAUCACUGCCGAUGGCAAGAAAUACAUUCGCAACAAGAAGAUUACAAAGGCCCAACGUAUGGAGCGUGUCAGACAAAAGAUGCUCAUGUGCGCACAAGCCGAGGAGUAAGAGCACGUACAGACUUUUACUUAAGUUUGACCAUGU